AAUCUGUCUAUGUUCUUCACUACAACAUCAAUUCAACAAAGCACUAGGCUAGCACAGUCACUGUUGACACUAACCGGAAGCAAAAUAACUCCAGACUCCAGUUCCUGGUUCAUUCCUGGAACGUUAACUUCUCCCAUUCUCAGUCUCAGUGGCUUGCUGUAUAUAUGAGAUCUGAGAUCUACUCUUACAGUAGUCAUCAUGAGCCAGUCUGAAAGUCCUGAUCCACCAGAGAACCAAGAGGAGGAUACCCCAGGACAUUCAGCCACCAGUUUACCACAUUCCUCCCUCCCUCCACCGGUUGUUGACCCGGGCUCCAGUCACCCUAGAAGGUCUGGGUCAGGAGGCCGUGCUAGAAGCUCACGCAGGGGGCAUUCACACAGGAGCCGAUCUGCAAACGGUCGGUCUCGCAGUCGUCACCGCCAUUCCUCUAAUCGUCGUCACAGCCGCCACAGAUGCAGGACGUAUUUUCAGCACAAAGAGCGGAAUUUUGCUUCUGCUUCAUGCAGUAUGGUCACCAUUGUCCUGCUGUGCACUUCUCUUGAGCCAAACUGGAUAUAUAUGUCUGGUGGUGAUUGUCACCUGCUGCAUGACCCCAAGGGAAGUCUUCACACCCUAAGCACACGACAGUUUUUCUCGAAUGGUCACUUCUACAAGAACUACCCUUUGACCAGUGCAGGAGACAUGGUGUAUAAAUUUGGAGGAUCGUCAAAUGAUAUUUUGGUCAACUGUGUCACUUAUACAGCGGUUCUGUUGUUCAAAGCAAGCAUUGCUUUUACCCUCAUUGCUGUGGUCUUCAGCUUCAUCUCAUUCCUGUUAGAUUUGUUUGGCCCCACCUAUCAGCUGCUCAAGUUGCUACGACGCAACGCGAUUUUCAACAUUCUUACAGUUGUGAUGUGCAUUUCAAUCAAUCUGUUUGCUUACUGGAUAACAUCAGCCGUAGAGAGGCUGCAAGAGAGCAGUCGAAUGCACCUGGGCAGUAAGGUGGAGGUCACAUUUGCUGCCAGUUUCUACUUGAUCACAGCGGCAGGCGGGAUGUCUGUGCUUGCCACCGCUUGCAACUGUCUGCGGAGGCACAAAGGGGUUGAGGCAGAGCACGUCAGACAAGCAGACCGUUACUUUGACGACACAGAAGCCCUGCUUCCUCCCCCACCCCCGGAAGAAGAUUCGUCUCCUUUGUCAAACCUGCCUCCGCCCCCACCAUAUGCUCCAUAGUUGGCACUGUUGGUUAUGAAUGAGGUUGUCGAACUGGCAUGCCAUUGAACAAUGGAUGGACAUGUAAGAAUUGCUUGUACGUUGAACAGUGAAUAUUGAGGUACCGUACUACAGCACCUUUCUGUUUUUGGGAGGAAUUUCACAGGGCCUAACCUAUUUUGGACGUUUUUCUAAGUUUUGAUACUGUGUAAAUAAUGUUGGGUGGUUAUUUUGUUUAUCAAUAAGAGUGUUUCUUUAAAACUAUGAUAAAUAUUGUUUUGUCAAAUCAUAACCUCUGCUGGCCUGAAGAUUAUGUUUCUAUUUUUUCAUUCUGUUACAGUAAAAAAAAUGUGCAAUUCGACAGUGAAAGAUAAUCAGGCUCACAAAGAAUACUGCAGUCAAAAUUCACAUAGUACAUGAA